AAAACUCAGAAGAGGCUGGUAACACUGAAGAUCAUGCCCUGGUCAAAUGAGAAAAAAGCACAGGUUGAAGAAGCUGUAGGGAACCUAGCGUACACAAGCUCAGAUGAGUCUGACUUUUCUGAGGAUGAAAGUGGUCAGAGCAAGUUAAGCAGAUACCUUGUCAAAAGGCUUCCAUGGGAGAGGACUUCUCUAACUAAAGCUAAGAGAGAGCUUGAUGAGGCUUAUUCCAGAAGCCUCGAAUCCAAAAGGGUACACCUGGUGACAAGACACCCGCACCCAAUGCCAUCAACAAGACGCCGACCCACUGAGCCUCUAGAAUGGGCAGUCAGGGCUGAGAAUCCAGCCCCUACACCUGGCACCCGGCCAUCUUCAUCUACAUGUACUAGAACUCCAAGUCAUCCUACGCCAGCAGUUAUACCACCCACCAGCACUCGUCCUCCUUCAUCUGGAACUCCACCUACCCGCACCCGUCCUCCUUCAUCUGGAACUCCACCUACACGCACCCAUCCUCCUUCAUCUGGAACUCAACCUACCCGCACCUGUCCUCCUUCAUCUGGAACUCCACCUAACAGCACCCAUCCUCCUUCAUCUGGAACUCCACCUUCCCGUACCCGUCCUCCAACAACUGGAAGUCCACCCACCCGCCCUUCUCCUUCAUCUUGUCCGGCAAGAACUACAACUCCAUCCCCCAGUACCAGUUCUGCCCGUCUGCCAGCAACAGUGACGCCAUCCCCCAGCACCCUUUCUUCAAGAUCUGGAACUUCGUCCCUCUUACCUGACUGUAGCUCCACUCCCAAGACAUCCAAACAAAAAAAAACUUUAAAGUCAAAAAAGGACGUGGCCCAUAGGCGUUCUGCUUCGCCAGCUUAUUGA